AGGCCCCCUCCCAGCCCUCGCCCCGUCAGGGCCGUGUCCCCGGGGCCGCAGUGUCCCGAGGCUCCCCCCGGCUCCCCGGCAGCCCUCGUCCGCCGCCAUCCUUCCCUCCCUCCCCCCGCCUGCCGCGGCGGCACGGGUGUCCGCAGCCACGAGCUCGGAGCCGGUGAGGCUGUGAAGGGGGCAGGGGGAGGAACCAAGGGAUGAGCGCCGGGAGGGCGUCGGGGGCCCUGAGCCGGACUAGGACGCCCCCGGAGCGGGAACGCGAGCCGGAGCCGGAGCCAGCACCGGAUCGUCGGUACCGGCCGCAGCCCCCUCAGCCCGGGAGGCGCCCUGGCCCGCGCUCGCCCCCCAGGGCCUCAUGUCGGAACCACAGCCCGACCUGGAGCCGCCCCAACAUGGACUGUACAUGCUCUUCCUGCUCGUGCUGGUCUUCUUCCUCAUGGGCCUUGUAGGCUUCAUGAUCUGCCACGUGCUGAAGAAGAAAGGCUACCGCUGUCGCACGUCUAGGGGCUCGGAGCCUGACGACGCCCAGCUCCAGCUCCCCGAGGACGAUGACGUGAAUGAGGACACGGUAGAGAGGAUUGUGCGCUGCAUCAUCCAAAAUGAAGCCAAUGCUGAGGCCUUGAAGGAGAUGCUGGGGGACAGUGAAGGAGAAGGGACAGUGCAGCUGUCCAGCGUGGACGCCACUUCCAGCCUGCAGGACGGAGCUCCCUCCCACCAUCACACCGUGCAUCUGGGCUCCGCAGCCCCUUGCAUCCAUUGCAGCCGCGGCAAGAGGCCCCCGCUUGUCCGCCAGGGACGCUCUAAGGAAGGAAAAAGCCGGCCCCGGACUGGGGAGACCACUGUGUUCUCAGUGGGAAGAUUCCGAGUGACACACAUUGAGAAGCGUUAUGGGCUACACGAGCAUCGUGAUGGUUCCCCCACGGACAGAAGCUGGGGCUCUGGUGGGGGACAGGACCCAGGGAGUGGUCAAGGGUCUGGAGGAGGGCAAUCCAGGACAGGGAUACCUGUUGAGAGGCUACCCCCUGAAGAGCCCCAGCCCCAGGACCUAGCCAGCCCCCUGGUGCAGAAUGGAGGACUCAGGGAUACCAACCCAGUCCCUUCUGCACUUGAGGGGAAUCCUGGAGCCUCUGCAGAACCAACACCAGGGGCCAGAGGGAGGGGCCCAAGCUCAGGGAUGCCUAGUCAAGAAGAAAAUGGAGAGCCAAGCAAACUGGAUACCUCAGAUCAGCAGGUAUCUCUACCACAGGGAGCAGGGGGUAUGUGAGGUGAGUCGGCCUGGGACCCCCAUCAGCCUCAUUCUUCACUGUGCUGAUGGACUGACUACCAGCUGGCAGGACCGGGGGACAGGGGGCAUGAAGACCCGCCUCUCCCCUGGACAGCACAGCCCCUCAGUUGAGGGACCAGCUCU